CCACCGAUUCUAAUGUAGUUCAAUCGAAAUUAACCAAAGUUCCUAAAAAAAGCAACUUACUAGGCCCACAUUUUUAUUUCGGAAAAAUCUAAUGGAUUAUUUGAUCAAAGAUGCAUUCUGAUGCAGAUAUGAAUGAGAGUGUUUACUUUAAAGAAGAAGAUCUAUCUUCAAGGGAACUUACUGCGUUUCCUCUAGAUGUCUUGCAGAACAAACAUAUAGAAAGUUUAUUGUUGGAUUACAAUGAUAUAAAAGAACUACCCCCUGAGAUUGGCAUGUGUAUUCAAUCACUUAAAUGCUUUUCUGCAUUAGGAAAUAGCCUGACAAGUAUACCUGAAUCAUUUGGAAACUUGGGACAAUUGGAAGAAGUUUAUCUGAAUGAAAAUGAACUUGUGAAAUUGCCAGAUUCUCUAUGUAGAUUAAAGCAUCUAAAGGUUCUUAAAUUGACUGGCAAUCAGCUUAAAGUUCUACCAGAAGAGUUUGGUGAAUUGACUGCACUGGAGAAACUCUCUUGUGAUGAAAACAUUUUAUUUAGGCUCCCCAAAACAUUUGGAUGCCUUGAAAAUUUGAGAAUAUUAGAGUUGAGUUGUAACAGCAUUGAGAAACUAUCUGAAGGAUUUGGGAUGCUUCGAUCUCUUGAAGUUCUAAAUCUUUGUAGUAACAAACUUACCUCACUACCUGAAAGUUUUGGAAAUUUGCCAAAUCUAAAAACUGUUGAUAUUUCUGUAAAUGAAAUCAAGUUCUUGCCAUCUCAUUUUAACUCAAGUCUGACGUUACAGAAAAUAUACAUUGACAGUAAUCUGCUACAAACAUUGCCAGACUGGGUCUCAAACCUUGAAAAUAUUGUUGAAUUUUCUGUCAAAGACAAUCAGUUUCAAAAUCAGACAUUGUCAGACAGCUUUCCUAAAGUUUGUAAAAAGUUAAAACAUCUUGACUUAAGUGGAAAUUUCAUGUCCUAUUUACCAAGCACAAUUGGUGAAUUAGAAAAACUUGAAUUUCUUCAUCUUGGAAGUGUGAUUGGUGAGCUGGAGAGGAGGAAUUUUCAGAAUGGUAACUGGCUGGCAGAAAUACCAAAUAGUAUUUGCUGUUUAACAAACUUGAAACAACUUCACUUAGAUGAGAACCAGCUGAAUGAGCUACCUCGGGACUUCGGGUCACUGAUUUCAUUAGAAAUUCUGGAUCUAGGUCAGAAUUUGCUCCAUGAGUUGCCCGAAUCAUUUGGGAAUUUGAAAUGUUUAAGAGUAUGUAUGUUAUCAAAGAAUCAUCUGAUGUGGCUUCCCAGUAAUUUUGGUGACCUAUCUGAACUAGAAGAUCUAAGAUUGGAUGAUAAUGAGCUUGCAGAGUUGCCAGAGUCGUUCUAUAAGCUGAGUAAAUUAAAGACGUUAGAUUUGUUCAGUAACAGAUUGAUAGAGAUACCUGUUGCCCUACACCAACUUAAAAAUCUGGUGAGACUUGAUCUAGAUUGUAAUGACUUUAAAGUACCAUUAAGUCAAAUACCUCAGAUUAUUACCCAGUCCAAAUAUCCAGAGAGAGACCCUAACUUGAAGGACAAUUGGAGAGGUCGAGCAAGAAAGGACAUUACUAAUCUGGAUAAAGAUAUCAUUAAGGCUCCAAACUAUGGUCCUUUAGAAGACUUUGAACCUCCUCCACCUGGUCUCAAUCUAAGUGAAGACUGCCUUAUAAUGGCGAUGAAAAAGAAUAUGUCAAUAUGGAAAAGUCAUUCUGAUACAAGCAACGCACAACGUAAACCCUACAGGCCGAAACAGAGAAUGAGAAUUCAUUAUGACUCCGGGUCGGAAGAUGAUAAUGAGGAUAAUGAAAAGUUAGUACACAACCUUGACAUUGAUAAUGAAUGUGAAGGGAGUUACGAGGAUAGUGGGACAGACUAUGAUAAUCCUGAUGAUGACGAGGAUGAUGAUGAUGAUAAUUUUGAGCCUCCUAUAUAUAUACAACCUACAGAAUGGAGUGGGUUAAAGCAGUCUGUACCAGAUAAAGGAACACAAGAAAAUGUACAAGCAAUGUUGGAGGACACAGAGUGCUGGGAUGAUGAAGUUAAUGAAAAUGCCAAACAAUUUGAUGAAACUCCUGUGUAUGUUCAUCCAACAAAGCUAUACUACACACCAAUAGAUUGUGGUAAAUUUACAUUUGCACCAUUUGAUAUUCAUGAAGAGAGUUAUGUCAAGAGACCAGAAAGAUAUCCUGUUGAAGAUGGUCAGUUUGAGAACUGUGAUAUAGAUGAUACAGAAGAUAUAAAUGUUGAUCCAGUUUUCUGAUUUAGCAAGAUGUCAGUUCAUUAAGUGUGUUGACUCAUCUUUAAGGUAGUUUUACUGUAAUGCUUUCCUGCUCUUCAAACAUCGGCCAAUAUCGUAAUAAAUCAGUCAUUUUUGGAACGUUAUUUUUCACAAUCUUCGGUAUCAAUAAUUUUUAGCUCAACUUUUUUUGGGGGAAAAAAAAGUAGAGGUAUUGUUACAGUCAAGUCAGCCUUGCUGUUGUCUUUGCUGUUGCCGUCUGCAAACUUGUUAACCAUUUAUAGCCGGAAUUUUGUACAUAAGGAUAAAGGGUGAGUGAUUGUAAAUAAUUUAAUACCCACUAUUUAGUAAAAAUAACACUUCGGAAAUAACCGAUUUGCUACUAUAUCGGCCGAUGUAUAUAAUUUUUUGGUGGGAAAACAUUACAGUGAGACUACCUUAAUAAAUAAUCCUGUUUGUUAAAGAAGCCAUUUCAUUUAUAGAUUUUGUGAGUUUAUUCAUGGUGAAAGCCACUUAGGGGUGUAAAAUUAUAAAGCUUCCGUUUUUCAGUCAUCUGUACAACACAGUGGCAGUAUAAGAUAACUGUGUGCUAAAAGUUUGCCUCUGAAUGAAUAGUUGCUUUCAAAGAAAACCUUUUUUGACAUGUUUAAUGAAGUUAAUGAUCUACUCAGGUAAUUUUUUUUGUUUUAGUAAAACAGCGAGAUGAUAUCUACAUAUAUGUAGUCAUCUAUUAAGUUACAUGCCUCGUUCAUUUUGCCUACCAAAGUAUUAUGUUGAUAUGUAUUGGUGCUAUUGUCUGAUUCAAAUGAUAAAGUGACAAAGUUUUAUACAUCUAAUAUAACAGAAUAUUUAAACAGCUUUUAGUAUAAGUGUAGAUUAAAGCAUUUAUGAAAGAAUGAUGUUUAUUUGAAUUGAUUGUAAAAUAAUGAAGUAUUGAAGAUCAACUGAUUCAAUAUUUGUUAAUUUGCAUUUUUUAAAACCUAUAAUUGGACUUAUAAUUCAGAUGAAUACACCAAUUUGAUUGUGUUAUGAUCAUUGGAACUAUCUGAAGUUUUUGUUCACAAUGAGCCUUUUAUCAUAAUUGUCUUGUUUAAUGAGCAUAACAUUAUGAAGUCAUGUAUGUUAAAUGGUAUGAAUUUACCUGAAUUUUAUUUUACUUGAUCAAAUUUGAUUAAUUGAGAUAAACUGCCUGUUCUAUUAGGAGUAUUUUGAGUUAUUUUUGAAUAGAUAGAUAAAUUAAAAGUUAGACAUGGAUUUGCCAUUUUAAUGAUUAUAUUAGCAAUAAAAUGUCCAAGUUCUAAUUGUCUAGUUCUUAAAUAUGACAUCUUAGUAGCUGCUCUGUGAUUUCUGUGUAUUCGCUAUUUUACCAUGAUAUGUAAGAUAAUCUGAAUUUGUUACAGUAGUUUCUUUAUAUUUUAUUUGUUUGUAUAUAACUUUUUGAUGUAAUAUUUGUUUUAUUCAUGAAUUGUAUUUUAUAUUGAAAGUUAAAAUCAUACAACUGCUACUCUAGUUUAAACAGUUUUGUGUAUUUAGCAAAUUACAAGCUAGAAAUAGGUGGUAAAUGUUUUAACUGGAAAAAGAAAAUUUGAUUAGAUCAAAAUUAUGACAUUUUACAUAACAUUUGUUUAGUCAAAUACAAAUUGUGCUCUAUUUGAUGAGUUAACACUGUUAUUUGAGUAGUUACACUGUGCAUUUGUCAUUUAGUAUUAAGUGAUUGAAAUAAAUAAAUAAAUCCAUGUAAAUGAAUGUAACUCUUUCAAAUCUAGCGGACAAUGACUUGUUCAUGCUUCCAAUCACUUGCUAGAACAGCAUCCCAAAUACUAAUGACUAUUAAAGUUUCAUCAUUAUCAAGCUACUGUCCAUAUUUUUCAAAGUUAUCUUUUAAUUUUUUUGAAAAAGAAUACUUCCAAAAUACCUGUAUGAAAGAAAUAUUUUUGUAUAUUUUCUUAACAGCCAAUAGCCAAUGUACCUAAUUAUUGGUAAAUGGUUAAAACCUACUUAAAUGGCAGCAUAGUAUUCUGUUUUGGAACAUUUUAUUCUGUUCACAGUGCAAUAUUCAUAAGUCACUUUGUACAAUAUUCAUGUUAGAACUAUUAUGACAAUCAACCAUAAAAACAUGGGGGAGAAAAAUUCAAUGUUUAUAAAUGUUAUUGAAAUAUUUCAUUAUAUAUAGCUUUAUUCCCUUGAAUUCAGUUAUCCAAAUUUGAUAAAGAAGCACUUGCUUUGAGAAACACACUGUUAAAUGUUGAGCGUUAAACAUCAUAAUAGCUCAUUCUCCUUUUCGUAUGUCUUUACUUUUUUAGUUCGUAGUAUACAUAUUAUCAUUUAAUUUUUUCUUGUUACUAGAUAAAUUAAGAUUAAGAAUUUUGAAAAAAUGUCAUGAUUGCUAUUACCAUUAUAUUGACGUUAUGCUUGUAAAAAUUAUUGUAUUAUAGAUGAUGUACUAUGUACAAAUCUUAAUAAAGUAUCUGUUCUGUUCUUAAAAUUUGACAGCAGGGUAGCUCAAUUACAGAAAUUUAGUGAUGUUAAGGUUAUUAAGGGGAGGCAAUAAUGCUAAGUGGUCGAUAUUUUUUAAUACAUUUAUUGUUUGCACUAUGGUUUUCAAGUUUUAAAGACACAAAACAGAUACAUAGGGUUUAAGUCUUGUAAAAGAAAAUUAAUAUUUUUUUCUCAGACCAGGAAUAUGUUUUGUGUAGAUUUACAAACAUAUUUUGAAAUUGUCUGCUUCAAAAAAACUUUGAUAUUGACAUGUAGCAUCAAUAUGUAGUCAUAUGAAAAGUUUUAUUAGCCAUGAUUCUGAGGUUAAAGUUAUUUAGUAUUAUAAGGAUAAUUAAGAGGAUGCCUUUUGGUGAAGUUUCAUGAAUGGGUCUCUUACCUAUUUGAAAGAUAACUUUUGAU